AUGGCGAACAACAAAUCGAUAACAUCUGUUCAAAUCAAUACACAAGCUAGUGCUAAACACGUAUCAAACUUUUGCAAGGAUGCAGUUGCCAAUCGGCGUAUUAACAUGCAAAGAAUGCAAAAUGUCUUCCUUAUUUGGUUGGACAACAAUAUUAAUAAAAAUAAUGCUGAUUGUGAUAACACAAUCAAACAAUUGAAACACGUUGUUAACAACAUAAACACGUUUACAGAUGGUGAAGAAUGCAUUGAAUUUAUUCAAACCAUUACCAAUAACAAAGUAUGCAUGAUUGUCUCCGGGUCACUUGGAAAAUAUAUUAUGCGUCAUGUGCAUGACAUGUCCCAAGUGGAUAACAUUUUUAUUUUUUGUAACAAUCAAGAAUGCCAUCAACAAUGGACCAAAGAAUGGCCUAAAAUAAAAGGAGUCUUCACAGAUAUAACAUCAAUCUGUGAUGCUCUUAAACAAACUGCUCAUCAAUGUGAGCAAAAUGCCAUCUCCAUCAGCUUUGUGGCGUCAAACAAAAAGUUGGAUCAAUUAGAUCCAUCAUUUAUGUAUACUCAGAUCUUGAAAGAGAUCUUAUUAACCAUCGAUUUCGAAGAUAAACAUAUUAAAGAAUUUAUUACUUAUUGUCGUGAAGCAUUUGUCGAAAAUGAGCGUAGAUUACAAAAUAUUGAAGAAUUCGAACGUGACUAUCAUAAUCAUAUACCUAUUUGGUGGUAUACUUAUCAAUGUUUUUUAUAUUCGAUGCUCAACCAAGCAUUAAGAUCGAUGGAUGUUGAUAUUAUUGUUCGAAUGGGUUUCUUUAUUAGUGAUCUACAUCGUGAUAUUCAACGACUCCAUUCGGAACAAUUUCCUGGUCAACAAUUUGGUAAAACAUUUAUAGUUUAUCGUGGACAAUGUCUUUCAAAAGACGCUUUCACUGAAAUGACAAAAACUAAAGGUGGACUUCUUUCAUUUAAUAACUUUUUAUCCACUAGUACAAAUCGUGAUGUUUCUCUCUUAUUUGUACCACAAGCUGCUGCAAAUCUUAAUCUUGUUGGAAUUUUAUUUGUUAUAUCCAUUAAUUCAAUUGAUUCAACAACUCCAUUUGCUUCUGUUAGUGGUGUUAGCCAUUUUCAGAUAGAAGAUGAAGUUCUCUUUUCUAUGCAUACCGUUUUCCGUAUUGGAGAUAUUAAACCAAUGGAUGAAAAUAAUCAUCUCUUUCAAGUGAAUUUAACACUGACUAAUGACAACGACCAAGAUCUUCGCACUCUCACUGAUCAGAUCCGGCAGGAGACCUUUCCAAAUCAAGAAGGAUGGUAUAGAUUGGGAUUACUACUGAUUAAAAUGGGUCAACUCACCAAAGCUCAAGAAAUUUACCAAGUUUUACUUCAUCAAACAACGAAUGAGAGCGACAAAGCACUGAUUUAUUAUCAACUGGGUUUGAUCAAAUGUAGUCAAGGAGAAUAUGAAGAAGCACUUUUAUCUCAUGGAAAAGCUCUUAAAAUUCGACAACAAAUACUUUCUUCCAACCAUCCUCGUUUGGGAGAUUCCUAUAACAGAAUUGGUAUUGUAUAUUACAGAAUGGGUGAUUAUCCAAAAGCACUUUCUUAUGAUGAAAAAGGCCUUGCAAUUCAACAAGAAUCACUUCCUCCCAAUCAUCCUGAUUUGGGUGCUUCCUAUAACAACAUCGGUAAUGUGUAUACCAGCAUGGGUGAUUAUCCAAAAGCACUUUCUUAUUAUGAGAAAGAUCUUGCAAUUCUACAGCAAUCACUUCCUUCCACUCAUCCUGAUUUGAGUACUUCAUAUAGCAACAUCGGUAAUGUGUAUAACAGCAUGGGCGAUUAUCCAAAAGCACUUUCAUCUCAUGAAAAAGCCAUUGCAAUUGAAGAAAAAUCACUUCCAUACAAUCAUCCUAGUUUCGCGGAUUCCUAUGACAGAAUCGGUACGGUAUAUUACAGCAUGGGUGAUUAUCCAAAAGCACUUUCUUAUUAUGAAAAAGCCCUCGAAAUUCGACUACAGUCGCUUCCGUCGAAUCAUUAUGAUUUGGGUAUGUCCUAUAACAACAUUGGUGUGGUGUAUGACAAAAUGGGUGAUUAUCCAAAAGCACUUUCGUAUUAUGAGAAAGAUCUUGCAAUUAUACAACAGUCACUUCCUUCCACUCAUCCUGAUUUGGGUACUUUCUGUAACAACAUCGGGUUGUUGUAUUCCAAGAUUGGUGAUUAUCCAAGAGCACUUUCUUAUUAUGAGAAAUUUCUUGGAAUUCAACAACAGUCACUUCCUUCCAGCCAUCCUAAUAUGGGUAGUUUCUACAACAAUAUCGGUUUAGUGUAUUACAAUAUGGGCGACUAUCCAAAAGCACUUUCUUAUUAUGAAAAAGCCCUCGCAAUUCAACUACAAUCAUUUCCCUCGAAUCAUCCUGAUUUUGCUAAAUCCUAUAGCAACUUCGGUAAUCUGUAUAACAGCAUGGGUGAUUAUCCGAAAGCACUUUUGUCUCAUGAAAAAGCUCUUGUAAUUCGACAACAAUCACUUCCUUCCAAUCAUUCUGAUCUGAGUGUUUCCUAUAAUGACAUCGGGCUGGUGCAUGAGAAUAUGGGCAACUAUUCGAAUGCGCAUUCAUUUUAUGAACGUGCUGUACAAAAUGGACAACAAUCAUUACCAACAAACCAUCCUGGUCUUCAACAAUGGAGAAAAAACCUCGAAAAGAUACAAAAUAAAUUAUAA